AUGGGCCAGCCAAUUGCACUUGGUCUCGACGACGGCUUGAUAUUAACUCAGGUAACCCCGUACAUUCUGCAGUAUGUCCAGUGUUCUUUCUCGGGAGACGACUACAUUGCAGUUCUGAUUGUUCGCCUCAAGGCUUUCCCAGAGGAUCAUCUUGAUGCCCAUCCAGCUUAUUACCCCAAGGAUACUAUCAGUGGCGGUGUCGCCUCCUGUCAGGCGGAGCUGAUGGAAAUGUACUUUGAACAUGUUCACCCUGCAUUUGCGAUUCUUGGCCCGCAGCGACCUUCCGCCAUCAGCUCCUCGCUAACGCUUCGGGCCUCUAUCUAUGCGCUUGCGCUUCAACACUGCCCAGCCGCUCGCGAUAUUGACCCGUGGAUCUUCACCGACUUCAACAAGCAGGCGCUUAAUAUCGAGCGACAGGCCCCGAAGCUUGAGACUAUCGAAGCAGCACUGUUGUUUGCUCAGCGCCAUGCGCACGUGCUCAGAGCACCUACGAUGCCCGGAAUGUCUGCUGAGAUCGGCAGUAUCGUUGGUAUGGCACAUGAUCUAGGUCUUAACAUCGACCCAGUCCACUGGGAUAUCUCUGAACACGAGAAACGACGCCGUAGAAGGCUUUGGUGGGGUGUGUUCAUGCUGGAUAAAUGGAACGCGCUCACCCUCGGUCGUCCAUCAUUCUUGGUGGACCACCAAAGCAACCAUUCCCAGCCCACACUCAGUGAUUUUGCUGAGGAUUGCUCUUCUACACCCCCGCCAAAGGACAGGAACGCUGCUCUUCAAUUUAUUGCUAUGGCAGGUCUAACCAGGAUUCUGUCCAAGAUCAUGACGUACUACUUUUCGGUUCAAAGUGAUCUCGAGGAUGUGGACUCGCUCGAUACAAUGCCAGCCUUUUCCAAAUUCGAGGAGGAACUGGAACAUUGGAACACCCAAUCCCUAGCACCAUUACUCGCGGAGAAGGCCUUUCCUGACCCCACAGGGUCCCUCGAAAUUGCUUACUACACCACUCAGGUCACUCUCUACCGAGGUGUUCUCCGGGAGCUAACGUCUCGCUCGAGCCCAACUGACCAGUUCUGGGAACACCUAUCUCAACAGAGCAAGACAGUAGCUCUCUCCGUCAUCAAUCUUCUGGAAUAUCUGCCAGUGGCACGCAGCUCCACAUUUUGGUGGGCAACUUCAAAACUCAACUUCUCCAUCGUUGGAAGUUUUAUGAUCAGGAUGUACUUGUCCUCAACUUCGACUGAUGCUCGUCGUUUCUGGAUGGAUAAAUUUAAUUUCUACCGAAAACUCCUGCAAGCACACUCUCCCGGCCGCGGAAUCACUACCCAUGCCCUCUUGAGGCUAGACCUUCUCACUAAUGGACAGGAACUGAAAGAUUCUGGGACAGAGGAUGAUUACUUCGUCGCACCGCUUAUAGCUGCAGACGAUAUUUUCUCGGACACAUUAUCUUUGGGUGGCUUUUUUGUAGACUGA